UUCGUAGCUAGUAACAAUAAAACAAAAACAACUGAAGCUUUCCCAAAACCCUAGUGCUGUGUCUCUCUUGCGGCUCGAUCGAGAUCGGAGAAUGGCGGCGAGCGAGCACACUGUCCUUCAAUUCACGCCAACGCAAUCGUCGACGAGCCUUUCGGCGAAAGUGCACCCUUUGGUGAUCUUCAACAUCUGCGAUUGCUACGUGAGGCGGCCUGACCAAGCCGAACGUGUCAUUGGCACACUUCUCGGAUCCGUCCUACCCGAUGGUACCGUCGACAUUCGAAAUUCAUACGCCGUCCCUCAUAAUGAAUCCUCCGAUCAGGUUGCUCUAGAUAUUGAUUACCAUCAUAAUAUGUUGUUGUCUCUCCAAAAAGUGAAUCCAAAGGAAGUUAUUGUUGGAUGGUAUUCGACUGGGUUAGGGGUCACUGGCGGAAGUGCAUUGAUCCAUGAAUUCUAUUCUAGGGAAGUUCCCAAUCCCAUUCAUCUAACAGUGGAUACAGGGUUCAGGAAUGGAGAGGGUACCAUUAAAGCUUAUGUAUCGGUUAAUUUGUCUCUUGGAGACCGUCAGCUUGCUGCACAAUUUCAAGAAAUUCCUGUUGAUCUUCGCAUGGUUGAAGCUGAGCGAGUUGGAUUUGACAUCCUUAAGACACCAAUGGUUGACAAAAUCCCGAGUGAUUUGGAAGGAAUGGAAGCCUCAAUGCAGCGUCUACUAGCCCUAAUUGAUGAUGUGUACAAAUAUGUUGACGAUGUUGUGGAAGGGCAUGUUGCAUCAGAUAGUAGCAUAGGGCGGUUUAUAUCUGAAACUGUUGCCUCCCUUCCUAAACUUUCGCCAUCAGCCUUUGAUAAGCUAGUAAAUGACAGUCUUCAGGACCAUUUACUCUUGCUAUAUUUGUCAAGCAUCACAAGGACACAGCUGAGCUUAGCAGAAAAGUUGAACACCGCAGCUCAAAUCCUCUAAUUUCUAUCCAUUGGUUGAAUUUGUUGGUCAAAACAUUUUUAGUUUUGACCGUUUGUAAUCCAUCCAUCACUAAAGCUCGAGGAAUUGGCCAUUUAUUCUUUGGGAGGGUUGUAUUAAUUUUGAGUGGGUAGGUUGUGCACACUUUUAUUGAAGAUUUGUUUUGCAAUGUUUAAGUUACUGUCUGGAAACGUUACUCACUUUGGAAAGUUAAAGGUUAAAU